CUCGCACUUUAUAUUGAACGAACGGCCAAAUAAGUAAGAUGCAAAUUCUCUUGGCGCUUUCCCUGUUUGUCGCGCUGGCUUCAGCGCAAUUCGGUGGCUUUGGUGGCUUCGGUGGCGGCGGCAAUAUUGCCGGCAACUUCGCUAAUGCUGCUAAUCGAUUUCAACAAGGCGUAGCGAAUAUUGCCAGCCGCAUUCCCGGAACGCCCAAACUCGACAACGUGCGCAACUUUGAUGACUUCAUUGCGCAAUCAGGUAAAUCGUAUUUGUCGGCUGCUGAUCGCACACUACGUGAAGGACUGUUUAGCAACCGUAAGAGCUUGGUAGAUGUCGCAAACUCUGCUUUCGCAAGUGGCCAAUCAUCCUUCGAGUUAGCCGUGAAUGCCUUUGCGGAUUUGACAAACGCUGAGUUCCUUAAGCAGCUCACUGGUCUUCGUAGAUCACCAGCUGGCGAUCAAAGUGCACAAGCUGCUAAGCUGGCGCCUCAGGUGCCCAAUGUGCAUGUACCCGACUCCUUUGACUGGCGUGAAAAGGGUGGAGUUACACCCGUUAAAUUUCAAGGUGAAUGCGGCUCCUGCUGGUCCUUUGCCACCACUGGUGCUAUUGAGGGACACAUAUUCCGCAAGACUGGCAAGUUGCCCAAUCUCUCUGAGCAGAACCUGGUCGAUUGUGGUCCCAAGGAUCUUGGUUUGGAUGGAUGCGAUGGUGGCUUCCAAGAAUACGCCUUUAACUUCAUAACCAAACAGAACGGCAUUGCUGUUGGCGAAAAUUAUCCAUAUGUAGACAAGAAGGAUACUUGCAAGUACACCAACAAAAUAUCUGGCGCUGAGAUUACUGGAUUCGCCGGCAUUCCACCCAAGGAUGAGCGCACCAUGAAGAAGGUAAUUGCUACACUUGGUCCACUGGCCUGCUCUGUAAACGGAUUGGAGAGCUUGCUAUUGUAUAAGCGUGGCAUCUACAAUGAUGAGGAAUGCAACAAGGGAGAACCCAAUCACUCCAUUCUGGUCGUGGGCUAUGGAUCUGAAAACGGAGAGGAUUAUUGGAUUGUUAAGAACUCAUGGGACAAGAACUGGGGCGAGGAUGGCUACUUCCGUUUGCCUCGUGGCAAGAACUUCUGUGGUAUUGCCUCUGAAUGCAGUUAUCCUGUAGUGUAAUAAGCAUAAGAAUCACUAUUUAUGUGAUAUUUUUUGUGUACAACACUUUGAGAUCGAAAUUAAAUAUAUGAAUAUAUAAAUAUGUU